GGGAAGACAGAACGAGCUAUCAAGGGGUGACCUAGAAGCCAUCAACAGGGUUAAAAUCUUAUUCUUCCAAAGUGGACAAAUUCAGAAGCACGUUUCCCAGAACGGCAAAGUGGAGCUGAAUCAAUUCUGCAGGAAGCUUUCCGGGCAAGAGCUAUGGAGAAUGGAGGGGACCGUACUCUGCAGUCACGGCAAGUCCUGCUUCUCUUUGUUUUGUUGGGAAUAUCUCAGGCACACUCUGUGCCUGGGAGCUUUACGGUGGCAGAGGAAAUGCAGAGUGGAAGCUUUGUAGGCAAUUUGGCAAAAAACCUAGGACUAGAGUUGAGCGACCUGUCCACCCGAGGAGCUCAGGUUGUCUCUAAUGACAACAAACAAUCUUUACAGCUGGACGUAAAUACUGGAAAUUUGCUUUUAAGCCAAACACUAGACCGGGAGGAGCUCUGUGGCUUCACCGAGCCCUGUGUGCUGCAUUUCCAGGUAUUAAUGAAAAAUCCUUUGCAGUUUUUACGGAUUGAGCUUCAAGUAAGGGAUGUAAAUGACCACUCUCCAAUCUUCUUGGAAAAAGAAAUGCUCCUAGAAAUCCCAGAAAAUAGUCCUGUUGGUGCUGUGUUCUUAUUAGAAAGUGCAAAGGAUUUAGAUGUAGGAAUGAAUGCUGUAAAAAGCUACACAAUAAACCCCAACUCUCACUUCCACAUUAAAAUAAGAGUCAACCCAGACAAUAAGAAAUACCCAGAGUUGGUUCUGGACAAGGCGCUGGAUUAUGAAGAGCAGCCUGAACUCAGUUUGAUCCUCACUGCUCUGGAUGGUGGUUCCCCACCCAGAUCUGGGACUGCCUUAGUUCGGGUGGUAGUUGUAGACACUAAUGACAACUCCCCUGAGUUUGAGCAGCCAUUUUAUGAGGUGAAGAUUCCAGAGAAUAGCAUCCUUGGCUCACUGGUAAUUACUGUCAAAGCAAGGGAUUUAGACUCAGGAAUAAAUGGGGAAAUAUCAUAUACCUUUUCCCAUGCCUCAGAAGAUAUUCAAAAGACAUUUAAAAUAAAUCAAAAGUCUGGAGAAAUUAGUUUAACAACAUCUUUGGAUUUUGAAACAGUUGAAUCAUACUCAAUAAUCAUUCAAGCCACAGAUGGGGGAGGGCUUUUUGGAAAGUCUACAGUCAGAAUUCAGGUGAUGGAUGUGAAUGACAAUGUUCCUGAAAUUGCUGUGUCAUCAAUUACCAGUCCAAUCCCAGAAAAUUCGCCAGAGACUGCAGUCAUGGUUUUCAGUAUCCGAGAUAGAGACUCUGGAGACAAUGGAAGAAUGAUUUGUUCUAUCCCAGAAGACCUCCCAUUCGUACUGAAAUCUUCAUUUGAGAAUUACUAUACCCUAGAAACGGAGAAAACACUAGACAGAGAGAACAGGGCCCAGUACAACAUCACCAUCAUAGUCACUGAUUUUGGCAUACCAAGGCUGAAAAGCGAGCACAGCAUACUAAUCCUCGUCUCCGAUGUCAACGACAACGCCCCUGCCUUCUCGCAGACGUCCUACACGCUGUCGGUGCGCGAGAACAACAGCCCCGCCCUGCACAUAGGCAGCGUCAGCGCCACAGACAGAGACUCAGGCAGCAACGCCCAGCUGACCUACUCGCUGCUGCCGCCCCAGGACCCGCACCUGCCCCUCGCCUCGCUGGUCUCCAUCAACGCGGACAACGGGCAGCUGUUCGCGCUGAGGGCGCUGGACUUCGAGGCCCUGCAGGCGUUCGAGUUCCGCGUGGGCGCCACAGACCGAGGCUCGCCUGCGCUGAGCAGCCAGACGCUGGUGCGCGUCGUGGUGCUGGACGACAACGACAACUCGCCCUUCGUGCUCUACCCGCUGCAGAACGCCUCUGCGCCCUGCACCGAGCUGGUGCCCAGGGCGGCAGAGCCGGGCUACCUGGUCACCAAGGUGGUGGCGGUGGACGGAGACUCGGGCCAGAACGCCUGGCUGUCGUUCCAGCUGCUCAAGGCCACGGAGCCCGGGCUGUUUGGCGUGUGGGCGCACAAUGGCGAGGUGCGCACCGCCAGGCUGCUGAGCGAGCGCGACGCGGCCAGGCACAGGCUGGUGGUGCUGGUCAAGGACAAUGGCGAGCCGCCGCUGUCUGCCAGCGUCACGCUGCACGUGCUGCUGGUGGAUGGCUUCUCGCAGCCCUACCUGCCGCUGCCGGAAGUGGCGCCCGAGCGCGCGCAGGCCGACUCGCUGACAGUCUACUUGGUCAUCGCCCUGGCCUCGGUGUCAUCACUCUUCCUCUUUUCGGUGCUGGUGUUUGUGGCGGUGAGGCUGUGCAGGCGUCGCAGGGCGGCGCCGCUGGGUGUGUGUUCUGUGCCUGAGGGCCACUUUCCUGGCCACCUGGUAGAUGUCAGUGGCACUGGCACCCUGUCCCAGAGCUACCAGUAUGAGGUGUGUCUCAGGGGAGGUACUGGAACAAAUGAGUUUAAAUUUCUAAGGCCAAUUAUCCCCAGCCUUUCACCCCAUUGUUCCGGGAAAGAAACAGAGGAAGCUCCUCCUUUCCAAAGUAGCUUUGGGUUCAAUAUUCAGUGACCAUAAUUGAUUUUAUAUUUCAUAUGCAUUUUACUUUUUGGCACUUCCUAAUGUUUAUUUCCCCCACUUUGCAUGUACUUUAAGUAGUAGUAAUGUUCUUUUUUAUUUGAUUGUGUUCUCCCACCUUUGCUUUUUUUUGUGUUUAUGUGAAUGUUUAUGUAGUCAUAAUUAGAUUUAUUCCCUAACCCAGGAGGUCUUAAUUUUUAAACCUCUUUACCUAAGACAAAAUUACUUUUGGCCCAUGUCCUUCACUCCAGUUUCACACUGUGUUUAUGGUAAAAUGAAACAGAUCACUUUGGAAGUAGUUAAAGAAUUAGACUCUUUUUGUAGUUUUUCUUUUGGUUUAAUAAUGAUCUCUAGUCACAAAUAUGUCUUUUAAAUUAAAUCCAUUUCCAUUUUUAGUUAACAUUUUAAAAUCUUUAUUACUAUUUAAAAUAUACUGUAAAAUCAUUUCAUAUGAUAGAACAUUUUAGUCUAAAAAUCUAGUUUAAAAAUGCCAGAAGAGGAGGAGAUGGGGGUAUACCUCAGUGGUACAGCCCUGGGUUUGAUUCCCAGCACAGAAAAAACAAAAUCAAAUAAGUAGGAGGAAGAGGAAAAGAAGGAAGAAGCCUUAUUCAUCCUGGAAAGUGACUGUGAAGAUUCUUUAAUGGCCACUCAUAUUAUCUUCAAAUAUGAAGUUAUAAUUUCCUAGAUGUCUUACUAAUGUUCCAAAGCCAGAAUGCAACCCAAUUGAACUCAGGUAACUGAAUAAUAAUUUGUAGAUUAUAAAGUGGGCUUCUGUGCUAAUGUAUAUAGUUUUUUUUUUUUGCCUGUGUUCUCCUUAAGUUUAAUGUACAUAUACUGAGCACUAAGUUUCAAUUUCUUCCCCACCAAUAGUAAGAUGAGGUUGCAUGUGUCAUCAACAUUCAGGCAUAUUACAAAUAAAUGUUUUAUAAACAAUUCUUCAUCUUUUUGUAAUGCAACCUGAAAAUGCCUGUACUUUUGCAUUGUUUUAAACUUUUGGUGUGGUCAUGAUGCACUAAAUUGGCCAACUAAGGGGUAGCAAUCCAGAGCUUGAUGACUACUUUUCUUGGAGAUAUAAAAGUGUGAUACAGGGCUGGGGAUAUAGCUCAGUGGUAGAGAGCUUGGCUAGAAUGUGUGGGGCCCUGAAUUCCAUUCCCAGCACUGCAAAAAACAAAGUGUGAUACAUGUGGGACAUAGAAAAUUAUCAAAACAUAAUCUUUGGGUUUAAAUGUUAUUUUGCUUAAAUUUUAUUCAUUUAUUUAUUUUUGGUACCAGGGAUUGAACCCAGGGGCACUUAACCACUGAACCACAC